GCGGUGAUGGUCCACUAGCAGUGAGUCAGCACCGGAGCAGGUCUGCAGUGCAGUAAUCGGCCCAAAUGGAUCAGUUCCGCGGUUUAUUCCUCAAAUUGGACCAGAACAAAGAUGGGUUCAUCUCGCUUGCAGAGCUCCACAGAGAAAUGAGCAAGCAUGGCAUCGUGGCGGCAGAUGCCAAGAAUGUAAUUGAUUCCUAUGACAAUGACAAAAAUGGUGUGCUGGACUAUGAUGAGUUUCUCAGCUACAUGACAGACAGAGAGAAGAACUGGAAAAUUUACUUUAAUCACCUGGACAAGAACCAGUGCGGAGUGAUUGACCAGGAGGACAUCAUAUGUUUGUUUAAGGAGUUAGGAGUGCUCAUUUCAAAGGCCAAUGCCAAAAAAGUAAUACAAAUGAUGGACACAGACAAUUCGAUGACGGUGGAUUGGGACGAAUUCUUGCAGCAUGUCAUCUUCAAGCCUGUGGACAGCAUCGGGGAGUUGGUGUCUUCGUGGAAACACAGUCUGGUCUUCGACGUUGGCGAGAGCCGAGCUUUGGCCAUCGAGUUUCCCGAGGAGAAUUCCGGCGUUGGUGCGUGGAGAAAGUUUGUUCUUGGCGCGGGAUUGGCUGAUGCUGUAUCCCGAACCGCCACAGCUCCCAUCGACCGCCUCAAGACCCAACUGCAGUUUUAUGGAUCCAAAGCAUUCUCUCGAGGCUUCCAGGAGAUUCGGUCAGGCGGCCUUCGUUCCAUGUGGCAAGGCAACGCCGUCAAUGUGCUGAAGGGGACGCCGCAGUCCACACUUCAGUGUUUCAUAUACGCCCAGAUGAAGGUGUCCAUGCAGGACAGAAGUCAGAAGAAUCUGAGUGUCCAGCAGCGUUUUGGCUUGGGUUGUGUGUCUGGUGUUGUGGCUCACGCGGUCUUCUACCCUUUGGAGGUGUUGAAAGUGAGACUCAACCUGCAGCGAGUGGGCACCUAUCAUGGUGUGAUGGCGUGCGCCCGCUCCAUCUACAAGGACGAGUCCUUGACCUCGUUUUACAGGGGCUUCAAACCCAGCAUCCUCUGCAUGAUCCCUUACGCAGGCGUGGAGUGUGCCGUCCAUCAGUCUAUCAUGAACUGGGCCCGGAGCGAUCCAGCCUACUGCAGCGAUUCCAGGCUGUUCUUCUUCAGUUUUGUGGCCUUUGCCAGUGGGCAAAUGUCCAGUUACCCUUUGGCGGUCAUAAGAACGCAGCAGCAAGCAAAAGCAUUUUCCUCACAGUCACAUGCCAAUGCAAACAUACUGCAAGGCCUUCUGGGGAUUUAUCACAGCCACGGACUGAGGGGAUACUACAACGGAAUGGGAGCCAGCUUCGUCAGGGCUGUUCCUUGCGCCUUGAUUAAUUUCACCUUGACAAAAACUUUUGAAGAUGCUUUUUCCUUGGCAGAAAGCUGAGAUUUGGCGGUUUAUGUUUUUCUAGGGAAGUAAAUGAAUGGGUGCUCACUCAGAUCAGCCGCAUUGGAUGAUCUGAUUUAAACUUUCAAACUUAUGCAACUGUACCAGAAGCACUCAUAGUUGUUGUUUUUUUUAAUAGAAAUGUUGUUGCAGAGUGUUUAUGUAAUUGUUUAAGUAUAGUCUUAGUUUAGGUCAGGGGUCGGGAACCUUUAUGGCUGAGAGAGCCAUGAAAGCUAAAUAUUUUAAAAUGUAUUUCCGUGAGAGCCGUAUAAUAUUGUUAACCCUGAAUACAACUGUCAGGUUCAAACACUGAUGACAUAUUAAACAGACAAGAAGCAAGGAAUUAAACAGAGACAGGAUUCAGUUUAGCUCAAUGAGGAGAAACGCGUAGACCUGUACUCUUGUACAGUGUCGUCCCAUGCCUCCUCUUUUAUUUGGACUUUCCCUGAUUACAACAACUAAAUGUGUGCAUCUCUUAUUCAUUUUAUUAACAUUUUUAUUCUGAAACUAACCAAUAAUAAAUCAAAUACUUUUGACCAUUAAUGCAACAUCUUGAACAGCUGCGAUAGAAACGGAUGGAUGGAUUAAAAUGCAUGAGAAUGUUUUAUAUUUUGAACUUUAUUUUUGACACUGUGAUUACUUGCGGAAUUAUUCAUUACUUAUCGUGUUAAGCAAUGUCAGGUAAGAUUUAUCAGAGAGCCAGAUGCAGUCAUCAAAAGAGCCACAUCUGGCUCUAGAGCCAUAGGUUCCCUACCCCUGGUUUAGGUGUUCGGGUGUCAUUAGGUGUUUAAGUGUAUAAAAUACAUGUAUUUAGUGUAAAUAGCUCCAGAUAUUUCCAUGGACUAAAGACAAGAGCUCUCCACUGUGUGGGGUCAUUUUUUUUUCAUCUCAUCACUCAUAAACGUGCAUUACAGUCAGUGGUGUGCCGUUUCAUCGUAUUCUCAUCAUGGCCGGCUCUACGCAGGGGUAAGAGGGGGCAAAGCCCCCUUAAAUAAAUGUCUUGCCCCCUCAAAUCAAAAUUUGAGAGAGCAAAUUUUAAUAAACUCACAAAAUUACUACAUCAUAAGUUGACAAAAUUAUCUGUACUAGCGGAAAAAUCCGCCGAAAAAGGGACACACACGAUAUAGUAGUGUCGGCUUCCCUCUCAACUUUCCCUCCGCUGUGCGUGUAUUCCACAUUCCACAGGCUGCGCAGCAGACACACACCCGCACACACCCCUCAGCCCUCAGUAAACAUCCAAUCACUGUUGCAGUAUGAAAGUAAAAGAAAAGGAAAAGUUGUCUAUACAUUUAUCAUAUACUUGUUAGGAUGGGUGUAUUUGUGUUGUCUUAUCUGUCAUAAACACGCUUAUCGUCGCAGACUUUCGGUGCUACGGAGUUCCUUUUUUUUUUUUACAACCUGACGAGAGCAGUGACAGCGGAGGCUCUGAGCAGCAGUGGUUUGGAAGGCAGAGAGCCUCCACUGUCCCUGUAACAAGCUACAAGUCAUUUAUGAUGCUGUUAAUGAGGAUAAAAAUGAAACAUAAGGUAUAUAUCCUGCUUAGCAGUCCUCCUCUGCUGUCCUCUGUUCAGAGCAGAGUCCCUAGCAACGGCCCGUUUUACUUAGCAACGGUCUGGCAAUUGACUGCUGGAAUUCUUUUUCUGUAGUUUUUCUUGUAAUUCUACAUAGUCAACCUUUAAUGUUUCAAUCUACAUUUUGUAAUAAACAAACUCUAAGUUUCAGUUGAUAUGACCAAGACACCUAAAAACAAAAACACUGCCGUUUUCAUCAAUUUACAAGCAAGUGGGCAACACACAUACAUUGGAGUGAAUGAAUGUUGUGCCCAGAUGAGUGCCCACGUCCACUGCAUGUGACAAACUGAAGACAAGUGACCUGGGUCUGACAGACCCCUACGUAAAGCCCCGCCCCAGGCUGUAGUCCUGUACUGUUGUUGUUUUUGUAAUCACAGCGGGUUUUUUCUGUUGUUGUUCAAGCUUACUUAUUUUCUGCUCCAGCUUCCAGCAGCUCACAAAGAGAAAGUUAAUGCUCUGUAAUGCAUCCAUUUUUCAGAGCAUUUACAAAGUCUAGUCCUGCUCCUGCAUGUAGUUGUAGCAAUGAUGCUGAUACUAGUACGUCAGGGACAGCAGCUAGCAAUACUGCACCUUUAGCACCAGAAAGCACUGUUUCUCCUUAACUUUCUUGUUGCCUCUUUUUGCACUGCCCUCCAAAUCUAAACAUUGGAACUAUUUAACUGGCCUCAACAAAAUUGACAAGAUCUUGGGUUUGGGGAAACCUGCUGUCUUGACGAAGCGGUUGUUGCUGGACACAGGACGGACUCUUGGGAGAAGAAGGUGGGCGACCAUUUUCUGUCGAGGACGUGAAGAUAUCCACAUAUUCGGAAUUAUGACAACAGGACAUCUGCUGAUUAGAGUAAGCAUUGCUCUGGUUUGUCCACAAAUUGGAAGUUGCUGGCAGUCUUCAAAGUACCCCAAAGCUACCACAAAUGAUUGGAGGAUGUGGGAAGAACUGUGGAAUACAUCGCACUGUCGACCCCGCAGUUUUGAGGACCAGUCAUAGACAAUUUAGAGUGAGAAGCAAAUUUUAUUUUCACCCGCAUAAAAAAUAAUUCUAACUUGGAUUGUUUCCCUAGCUUCGAGACUCUCCUGAAGGACAGCGCAGCGAAGACACAACAAACUCCCUUCUUGUCUCUCAUGGACACACACCUGUUGUUGUUGACUUUGGACUAGCGACUGCAAUACAUCAAGGCCGCGGAACAGAGACACAGUACGGGCUUACACACACACACACACAUCCACAAAAAUAUAUGCCACACAUACACACCCAUCCCCCCCCAACCCAACGCCCUCGACGCAAAUCGCAUAAGGGUGAUGAAUGGAUGGUCAGCGCCUGAGAGCUGCGGCCUACCAUCAUGACCUUGAACUACCUUCCGUCUGUUGCUAGAUAUCUCGAGAUGCAUGUUGUAGUACGUAUAUGUCCUUUGCUAUGGAGGUUUGUUUUCCCCACUCCAGACUGGGCCCCUUUAGGAGCUCAGUCUGGAUUGUAUUUUUUUACUCAUCCUUGCCCAGCGUUUACCUUUUUCCCAUCUUUUACGGGGUGCGCCUUAUGGCGGCCCAUCAGCGUUCUUGUUCUGUAACCCUGUACACUGUUUGUUAGAUGGAUAUAUAAAUAGAUAGUACUUUAUUGAUUCCUUCAGGAGAGUUCCUUCAGGAAAAUUAAAAUUCCAGCAGCAGUGUACAGAGUUGAGAUCAAUUUAAAUAAAAGUAAAAAGUAAAUAAUGGGGGUUUAAAUGGAAACAAAAUACAGAAAUAUUACAAUAAGAAUAAAAACUAAAAAGCAACAAUGGGAAUAAAAAUAUAACAGUAAAAUAAGAAUAUAACAAGACAAAGUAGGCCGUAGUGACCAUGUUAUGAAAACGUAUUGUUUGUCUAAUCUUGAACAGGUUUGUGCUGAAAACAAAGUUUUGUUGUACUUGUGCAAUGACAAUAAAGACCUAUCCUAUCCUACACACAGAAGUAGUGAAGUGAAGUGAAUCAUAUUUAUAUAGCGCUUUUCUCUUGU